CAAACAAACGUUUCCUGCCUGGACAAUGAGGAGAACUCGGCGCAGAGUGGAAUCCGGAGCAUGUCCCUUCAGCUGAGCACAGGCCCCAGGUCCUCUGGCAGUCGGUACUGUCUGCUUUGAUGGAAAGUUAGUGGUUCGCUCAAGCUCUUGAGGCCUGUUGUCUGAAGGGCACUGAGUCUGCAGGCGUGAUCCAGGUCUCCGGGUCCACCAACCCACCGCCACCAUGGUAGGAAAAGGUGCCAAAGGGAUGUUGAAUGGUGCUGUGCCCAGUGAGGCCACCAAGAAGGACCAGAACCUCACGCGGGGCAACUGGGGCAACCAGAUUGAGUUUGUGCUGACGAGCGUGGGCUACGCCGUGGGCCUGGGCAAUGUCUGGCGCUUCCCAUACCUCUGCUACCGCAACGGGGGAGGCGCCUUCAUGUUCCCCUACUUCAUCAUGCUGAUCUUCUGCGGGAUCCCUCUCUUCUUCAUGGAACUCUCCUUCGGCCAGUUUGCAAGCCAGGGCUGCCUGGGGGUCUGGAGGAUCAGCCCCAUGUUCAAAGGCGUGGGCUACGGCAUGAUGGUGGUGUCCACGUACAUCGGCAUCUACUACAAUGUGGUCAUCUGUAUUGCCUUCUACUACUUCUUCUCGUCCAUGACGCACGUGCUGCCCUGGGCUUACUGCAAUAACCCCUGGAACACGCCUGACUGUGCCGGGGUGCUGGAUGCUUCCAACCUCACCAACGGCUCCCGACCCACUGCCCUGUCCGGCAACCUCUCUCACCUGCUCAACUACACCCUGCAAAGAACCAGCCCCAGCGAGGAGUACUGGAGGCUGUAUGUGCUGAAACUGUCUGAUGACAUUGGAAACUUUGGGGAGGUUCGGCUUCCCCUCCUAGGCUGCCUCGGCGUUUCCUGGGUGGUCGUCUUCCUCUGCCUCAUCCGAGGAGUCAAGUCUUCAGGGAAAGUGGUGUACUUCACGGCCACGUUCCCCUAUGUGGUGCUGACCAUUCUGUUCGUUCGUGGAGUGACCCUGGAAGGAGCCUUCAUGGGUAUCAUGUACUACCUGACCCCACAGUGGGACAAGAUUCUGGAGGCCAAGGUGUGGGGGGAUGCUGCCUCGCAGAUCUUCUAUUCCCUAGGCUGCGCGUGGGGCGGUCUCAUCACCAUGGCCUCCUACAAUAAGUUCCACAACAACUGCUACCGGGACAGUGUCAUCAUCAGUAUCACCAACUGUGCUACCAGUGUCUAUGCUGGCUUCGUCAUCUUCUCUAUCCUAGGCUUCAUGGCCAAUCAUCUGGGUGUGGAUGUGUCCCGAGUGGCAGACCAUGGCCCUGGGCUAGCUUUUGUAGCUUACCCUGAGGCCCUCACGCUGCUUCCCAUCUCCCCACUGUGGUCCCUACUCUUUUUCUUCAUGCUCAUCUUGCUGGGACUGGGAACUCAGUUCUGCCUCCUAGAGACCCUAGUCACUGCCAUUGUGGAUGAGGUGGGGAAUGAGUGGAUUCUGCAGAAAAAGACCUAUGUGACCUUGGGAGUGGCUGUAGCUGGCUUCUUGCUGGGCAUCCCCCUUACCAGCCAGGCAGGCAUCUACUGGCUGCUGCUGAUGGACAAUUAUGCAGCCAGCUUCUCCUUGGUCAUCAUCUCCUGCAUCAUGUGUGUAUCCAUCAUGUACAUCUAUGGGCACCGAAACUACUUCCAGGACAUCCAGAUGAUGCUGGGGUUUCCGCCACCUCUCUUCUUCCAGAUCUGUUGGCGCUUUGUCUCUCCGGCUAUCAUUUUUUUCAUUCUAAUCUUCACGGUGAUCCAAUACCGGCCAAUCACCUACAACCACUACCAGUACCCGGGCUGGGCUGUGGCCAUUGGUUUCCUCAUGGCCUUGUCGUCUGUCAUCUGCAUCCCCCUGUAUGCGCUCUUCCAGCUCUGCCGCACAGAGGGGGACACACUUCUUCAGCGUUUGAAAAAUGCCACAAAGCCAAGCAGAGACUGGGGCCCUGCCCUCCUGGAGCAUCGGACUGGGCGCUAUGCCCCCACCACAGCCCCCUCUCCUGAAGAUGGGUUUGAGGUCCAGCCACUGCACCCGGACAAGGCCCAGAUCCCCAUGGUGGGCAGUAAUGGCUCCAGCCGCCUCCAGGACUCCCGGAUAUGAGCACAGUUGUUGCAAGGGGAGAGGCCCCACCCAACCCUUGCUCCCGCCACAGAGACUGGGGAGGCAGUGGACAGGUGUGACACGAGUCAGCUGCUGUCACCUUGGCCACCACUGCUAGUGCAGACGUUUGUGCUCAUGUCCCCAGUGUUUACACGUCCUUUGGAUGCCAAGACAGCAGUCGGGGGUGGGAAAGCCGUGGGAGGAUUGCUGUAGGGGUGGGGGUGUCCAAAGCACUUUGGAAGAGGUCUCAGGCCAGGUCCCCAGCGGCCUGCCAGGCUUCACACGGCCUCUGAUACCCUCAUACUCCGCCCUGAGCUGUUUGACCAGGGGAUAAGAGGUUCUGGCUCCACACCCCACUUGUUGCCCUCCAGCCUCAUGACCAGUGUUCCUGACCGCAGCCUCUGCCCAGGCAAACCUGUAUCUUCUUGCUUGGAACAAGGCAAGGGGCUACAGGCUCACAGUGUUACUUAGACUGUAUCACCCAGCCCUGUUUGUGUAAUUAUUUUUGUAAAAAUGGUAUCAUCUGUGGUUGCCCCCUU